CAUUGAACACUCACGAGAUCUCUUCUUCUUGUAUUUCUUCUCUCUCCUCUCUGUCUGAUGCGUGUUCUUGAUUCAUCGGCUCAGAUCAGUCACCAAAUAGAAUAAAUAGCAAACAAGAUCCUCUGUGGAAUUUGAUACAUAGAGAAACUGUCUAGUGCUGUGGUGUCUUUUGAGAUUUUCUUGUGGUUCUGUGGAUUGUUUGUUGGUUGGUUGCUUCUUGGAUAAAUGGCAGAAGUCCAUAAUCAACUAGAGAUCAAGUUUCGGUUAACCGAUGGUUCGGAUAUCGGUCCUAAAGCAUUCCCUGAUGCUACAACUGUUUCGGCUUUGAAGGAAACUGUUAUUUCUGAAUGGCCAAGAGAGAAGGAGAAUGGGCCGAAAACAGUGAAAGAGGUGAAGUUGAUAAGCGCAGGGAAGGUAUUGGAGAACAGCAAGACGGUUAAAGACUACCGAAGUCCUGUCUCUAAUCUCGCAGGCGCUGUCACCACAAUGCACGUUAUCAUCCAAGCUCCGGUUACGGAAAAAGAAAAGAAGCCUAAAGGUGACCCGAAGAUGAACAAAUGCGUCUGUUCAGUCAUGUAGACGACUAGCAGGGGAAGAAUCAACGAGCAUCAGAGAAUGGUAUGGAGGAGAAAACACAUUGAGGCAUAGGUUCCAUCUUUUGGGUGGUGAGAUCAUACACAAAUAUUUGGACGCCACUGAAGUAGAUAGAGUUCCUUUUGAUCCCUGGGACGCCACUGGGGACAACAGUGAUACCCAUGUCAUAGAUCAAUGCUUCAUCGCCCAAAGAAUCGACUUUCACCAAUUUGCCACCCACUUGGUUUUUCUUCUAGAUGUGAAAAUAUAAUGUUUUGCUGUCUUGUACUAUACUUGAUACCACCAAAAACUCUCCGGAUACUGUGACUGCAAUGCGUGUCCUGGAGCGGCGUAUCAAUUUCCAAUAGAGUUUUUGAUCUUUUUGCUGAAGAAAAGGGUCAAAAUCGUGAUGAUUGAACGAAUACCAAUCAAGAGACAGAAUACCAAUCAAGGGUCCAAAUAGUGACAAGAGAAUGGGCAUAACGAAGGUAGAGCUUUUGAUGAGUGUAGACAAAGUCUUCAAAACACUCCAAGGGAAAGUCGUGCCACUUGUUAUCUCCUUUCUUGGUAAACACACGAAAGUCGUACUCCAACAUUACAACUAGGUAAUCUUUGGUUUUAUUGUCCAUCCGAAAACAAGCUCGGUCGUAUCUUAAGUAACUCCU